CAAGUCAUGAAACGAGCCCUCCAAAACUCGGAUAUCCUGGCUGAAUUGUCGGAACGAUUAAUCGACGAUAUGAAAGUUCAAGCCACUCGGGACAUUCGCAAAAAGGUUAUGGACCUCGAUAAAGCCGUAGCCGUAAUUUCUUGGAUUAAAAAAACUUCCUCGGCUAUGCUGGAAGACAGUUCGGAUUAUAAUAAAGGCUUCCAAAAACCCAACUCGACUACUUGGAACAAAGUUAUUGCCAACAGCCAAAGCAAAAGGGACCAAAUAUUAAUGAUUGACCCCGACUUUUUACAAGAAAUCGAAACUCGAUUUUUAUCCGAUGUGGGUAAUUUCGAGUUAGUUAAUUUAAAGGCCAUGUUUUUAGAAACUAUCGAACGGAAAAUGCUCAACAAGGUAAAAGUCCAAAUCCGAGAUAUUAACUCCUUUGCUUAUACGAUUAUUGCCGAGGACGGCAUACGGAGUGAACCCAUUGCCGCUAGUGGUUCCACCAAGUUUUAUUUUCAACCGACUGUCAUCGGGGGAGUUAUUCCUUUUGCUAAUGCUUGUGCUCUGGUAGACAGUGGUAAAAACCCAGUUAAAUAA